AUGGCCAGUACGGAUACAUUUGCAAACCUAGACGACCGAGAAACGCAGAAAGACUUGGCUACAGUCUUUUUCGUGAUAGCUUUCCUAGCAGGAUCGGUGGCAACGGCAAUAUUGCUGCAUCAGUCGUGGAAUCUGAUAAAGCUGUACAGGUUUCUCGCACGAUACCAAGCUGCCGCUAAUGCCGAGUAUGCGGGCGUCCUUCCUUUUAAGGCUCGUCAAUACUACUUUAGACUUCAUUUCAUCCACGACUCAUUUCUCGUCGCAGAUUCCCUCUUGGGGUUCUGAAGAAAUGAAGAGCAGAAAGAGAAAUGAAAUCUUUUGAGCUCUAAUCCUUGGUGGCUGAGCGAGCAAAAAACGGAUGAUCCAGGAUAUAUCUACGCCAUAGACGCCUAUGACAAUCCUGAUGCUGCAGCACAAGUAAGACCGCAAGACUACGGCUACUACAACCAGAGGGAGGCUGAGCUGCAGCAGUGGGAAGAGAACCACGUCUGGGGAGUCGACAGACAAGCGGAUCUUGAUAUCAUUUUAUGAGAAUUUAAAAACAGGAGGAAGCAAGAGAAGGAACAACAUGAUGUUGAUGUUGAGUAGAAUUAUCAUUUUGAGUUUUGUUGUACUCCUAAAUAUAUAUAUAAGGGUGCACCUAGCUAAAGAGAUGACCGCUGGAUGCUUUUAGCGAAGAUCUACUACUGAGCAGUCACUUUUACAAGACUUUAGGAUAUUUUUGUCACCAGGCAGACCGUAACUAAGGCCGCGCCUUUGCACUCAAGAAGCACGACCCUAGAGAGGUGAUCUUCUCUACCUUUCCACCAACAUAGGUGACCUUCUCUAACGCUCACCCAAAAGGCUAUGCGUGAUGGAUUGAAGCGACCGGACGAUGAGCUACACUUGAGGAUCAAUGCGCAAGAAGACAGAUUCAAAGCACAAGGUGACGCAGCUUAUGUGGAGGCAACUUUGGCAGACAGUGAGAACUACCCUAGCAAUUUUCUACAAGCUGCUGCUCCUGGUGCCCAACCAAAGGGACAAGGGAAGAAGGGCAAAGGAGGCAAAAAGGCUGGAAAGAAGAUGGGAAGGAUGAAAUGAGGUGGCAGAGUAGUAGCUAGAGAAGAAAUCGGCUCCUAUUCUGCGACUUCCUAGAGAAGAUGAAGAAAUGACAUAUCUUGAUCUUAUACAUGAACAUGAGUCAAGAAUAGUAUGAGGAAGAUGAAUAAUCAAAUAUUCACAAUGUUGUAGCCGUUGACUGCACUAAUAUGGUCACUGGGGACGCAAUAGAAUGAAAUGAAAAAACGAGUAAUGUGAACCAUCCAUAACCACGAAGACGAUGC